AUACUUGGCCAUCUGCUUCUCUUUCUACAGCAAGCCAUGGACAUCUUGGGCUUUCUCCCUGAUGAGAAGUACGGAUCUUAUAAACUCACUGGAGCCAUUCUGCACUUUGGAAACAUGAAAUUUAAGCAGAAACCCAGAGAAGAGCAAGUGGAAGCAGAUGGCACAGAAAGUGCUGGCAAGGCUGCUUUCCUCAUGGGCAUUAACUCCUCUGAGCUGGUGAAGGGCUUGAUCCAUCCUAGAAUCAAAGUUGGUCAUGAAUUUGUUACUAGAAGCCAAAAUGUAGAACAGGUGACCUAUGCUGUUGGUGCCUUGUCUAAGUCAAUCUAUGAGAGAAUGUUUAAGUGGCUGGUGGCACGUAUCAACAGGGUCCUGGAUGCCAAGCUGUCAAGACAAUUCUUCAUUGGCAUUCUUGACAUCACUGGUUUUGAGAUGCUUGAUUGUAACAGUCUUGAACAACUUUGCAUUAAUUUUACCAAUGAAAAGUUACAACAGUUCUUCAAUCAGCAUACGUUGGUUUUGGAGCAAGAGGAAUAUAGGAGAGAAGGCAUUGACUGGGUGUCCAUCGACUUUGGCCUGGAUUUGCAAGCCUGUGUGGAUCUUGUUGAGAAGCCAAUGGGCAUCUUUUCCAUCCUCGAAGAAGAAUGUAUGUUUCAUCAGGCUACAGAUGUGACUUUCAAUACCAAACUUUUUGACAACCAUUUUGGAAAGUCAGUUCAUUUCCAGAAGCCCAAGCCUGACAAUAAGAAGAAAUAUGAAGCUGACUUUGAACUUGUCCAUUAUGCAGGAGUGGUGCCUUAUAACAUCAGUGGCUGGCUUGAAAAGAACAAAGACUUUCUUAAUGAAACAGUGGUGGCUAUAUUUCAGAAGUCAUCCAACAGACUCCUGGCAAACCUUUUUGAAAAUUACAUCAGUACCAACACUGCUCUACAGUUUGGGGAGAAGAAACGCAAGAAAGGAGCUUCGUUCCAAAUGGUUGCAUCUCUGCAUAAAGAAAACCUAAAUAAAUUAAUGACUAAGCUGAAAUCAACUGCACCUCAUUUUGUGAGAUGCAUAAAUCCCAAUGUGAACAAAACACCAGGUGUAAUGGACCCUUAUUUGGUUCUACAGCAGCUGCGCUGUAAUGGUGUCUUAGAAGGGAUCACGAUAUGCCGUGAAGGUUUUCCACACCGACUGCUCUAUGCUGAUUUUAAGCAAAGGUACUACAUUCUGAACCCAAGGGUGUUUCCAAAGAGCAAAUUUGCAAGCAACAGAAAAGCAGCUGAAGAAUUACUUGACUCCUUAGAGAUAGACCAUACCCAGUACCGCUUUGGAAUUACUAAGGUGCUUUUAAAAGCUGGCUCUCUGAGCAAACUGGAAGCCAUGAGAGAUGAGAGAUUAUCAAAAGUCUUCACAUUAUUCCAAGCCAGAGUACGGGGAAAACUGAUGCAAAUCAAAUUCCAAAGGCUUCUGGAAGAGAGGGAUGCACUUCUUUUGAUCCAGUGGAACAUAAGAGCUUUCAUGGCUGUGAAGAGCUGGCCCUGGAUGAGGCUCUUCUUCGAGAUCAAGCCUCUUGUUAGAUCUGCUGGAAUGGGAAAGGAGGGAGCUGGACUGAAGGAAGAGUGUAUGCAGCUGCAAAAAGCCUUGGAGAAGUCAGAAUCUCAGAGGGAGGAGCUGAAAUCAAAGCAAGUCUCCCUCCUCCAGGAAAAGAAUGACCUGCUUCUUCAGCUGCAGGCUGAGCGAGAGACCCUGGCAAAUGUUGAAGAGCAGUGCGAACUGCUGAUUAAAUCCAAGAUCCAGCUGGAGGCCAGCGUCAAGGCGCUGUCUGCGCGGGUGGAGGAAGAAGAGGAGAUAAAUUCCAAGCUGACUGCCAGGGGGCAGAAACUUGAAGAUGAAUGUUCUGAGUUGAAGAAAGAAAUCGAUGACCUGGAAACACUAUUGGCGAAGUCACAGAAGGAGAAGCAUGCUACAGAGCUCAAGCAGGUCAAGAACCUGAUUGAGGAGGUGGAGUCUCUCAAUGAGGAUGUGAGCAAACUGCAUCGAGCAGCCAGAGCUGCACAGGAGACCCACCAGCAGACCCUGGAGGACUUGCACAACGAGGAGGAGAAAGUCCACACCCUGAACAAGGCCAAGUUGACACUGGAGCAGCGAGUGAAUGAGCUUGAGGGUGCCCUUGAGCAGGAGAGCAAAGCAAGAAUGAACUGUGAGAAGGAAAAGUGCAAAGUAGAGGGCGAGUUAAAGCUGAACCAGGAGAGCAUGGAGGACCUGGAGAGCAGGCAACUGCAACUAGCAGAAAAGCUGAGGAGGAAAGAAUUAGAAAUGAAUCAGAUGAGGUCGAAGGUGGAGAAUGAGAAAAACCUGGUGGCUCAGCUUCAGAAGACGGUUAAAGAGUUCCAGACUCAGAUACAACUUUUGAAAGAAGAAUUGGAAGCUGAAAGGACCACUCGAGCCAAGGUAGAGAGGGAGAGAGCUAACCUCAUCCGAGAGCUGGAAGACAUGAAUGAGAGGCUGGAGGAGGCAGGAGGUGUCAGUUCAGCUCAGCUGGAGAUAACUAAGAAACAAGAAACAAAAUUCCAGAAGCUCCGCCGAGACCUGGAAGAGGCCACACUGCACUUUGAGGCAACCUCUGCCUCUUUGAAGAAGAGACACGCAGAUAGCCUGGCUGAGCUGGAGAGCCAGGUAGAAAAUUUACAACAGGUCAAGCAGACACUGGAAAAAGACAAGAGUGACCUAGAGCUCGAAGUGAACGAUCUCCUGAUCCAUGUUGAACAGAUGACCAAAGCUAAGGCUAAUGCUGAGAAGCUCUGUAGUCUGUAUGAGGAACGCUUGAAAGAAGCAAAUGCAAAACUGGAUGAAGUGACUCAAUUAGCAAAUGACAUGACAGCGCAGAAGACAAAGCUACGGAGUGAAAAUGAUGAGUUCCGGAAAAGGCUGGAAGAAAAGGAAGCUCUGAUAAACCAACUUUCCAGGGAAAAGAGUAUCUUCACUCUGCAGAUUCAAGACCUGAAAGGGCAACUGGCAGAAGAAACCAAAUCACAGAGUGCCCUGGCCCAGGCCGUGAAGUCGGCCAAGCGUGAUUGUGACCUUCUACGAGAGCAGUACGAGGAAGAGCAAGCGGCCAAGGCUGAGCUGCUGCAGGCCCUGCUCAAAGGCAAUGCUGAAAUGGUAAAGUGGAGGACCAAGUACGAGGAUGACACCAUCCAGCGUGCUGAGGACUUGGAGGAUGCCAAGAAGAAGCUGGCACUUCGGUUGCAGGAGGCUGCCGAAGCCAUGGGGGUGGCCAAUGCCAGAAAUGCCUCCCUGGAGAGAGCCAAGCUCCGACUACAGCUUGAGCUCGGGGACACCCUGUCUGAUCUCGGGCAGGCGCAGUCUGUGGCUGCUGCGCUCAACCAGAAGCAGCAGCAUUUUGACAAGAGCCUGGACGACUGGAGGCGGAAACACGAGGAGUCCCAGGCGAUGCUGGAUGCCUCAAAAAAGGAGGCCCGCGCCCUCAGCAUCCAGCUCCUGGAGCUCAGGCACAGCUACGAGGAGGGCACCAUGAGCCAGGAGGUCCUGCGGAGGGAGAAUAAGCACCUGAAAGAGGAGAUUUCUAAUCUGACAAAUCAGGUGAGAGAAGGAAAGAAGAACUUAAGUAAAAUGGAAAAGGUCAAGAAACAGAUUGAACAAGAAAAGAAUGAAGUUCAGAUGGCAUUGGAAGAGGCUGAGGGGGCUCUGGAGCGUAAUGAAAGCAAGGUUCUUCGUUUGCAGCUUGAACUCUCAGACACUAAAGCAGAACUUGAAAGGAAGCUUUCAGAGAAAAAUGAAGAAAUAGAAAAUUGUAGGAAGAAGCAGCAGUGUGCUAUUGACUCCCUGCAGUCGAGUCUGGAUUCUGAAGCUCGUUGCAGAAUUGAGGCCACCCGGCUGAAGAGGAGCAUGGAAGGGGACCUCACUGAGAUGGAGCUCCAGCUUAGCUGUGCCAGCCGGCAGGCAUCAGAGGCCACCAAGUCCCUGGGCCAGCUCCAGACCCAGGUCAAGGACCUGCAGGUGCAGGUGGAUGACAGCACAUGCCUGAACAGCGAGCUGAAGGAGCAGGUGGCGGUGGCCGAGCGGCGCAAUGCUCUUCUCCAGGCUGAAGUCGAGGAGCUAAAGUCCUUGCAGGAGCAGACAGAGCGCAGUCGCAGGCUGGCAGAGGAGGAGCUCCUGGAAGCCACGGAAAAAAUCAAUCUUUUCCAUGCCCAGAACACAAGUCUCCUCAGCCAGAAGAAGAAACUGGAGGUGGAUGUAGCCAGGAUGCAGAAGGAAGCUGAGGAGGCGAUGCAGGGCUGUCAAAAUGCAGAAGAGAAGGCCAAGAAGGCAGCCACCGAGGUAGCAAACAUGUCAGAAGCACUGAAGAAGGAGCAAGAUACCAAUGCCCACUUGGAGAAGAUGAGAAAGAACAUGGAGCAGACAAUUAAAGACUUGCAAGAGAGGCUGGAUGAUGCUGAGCAGACGGCCAUAGUGGGGAACAGAAAGCAAAUCCAGAAACUAGAAUCCAGGGUUCGUGAACUGGAGGCUGAACUGGAGAGCGAAGUCCAACGUAACUCAGAGGCCCAGAGGGGAGCCCACAGGCUUGAACGAUGCAUCAAGGAGCUGACCCAUCAGGUAGAGGAAGAUAAGAAAAAUAUGAGCAGGAUGCAGACUCUGAUGGAUAAUCUUCAGCUAAAAGUACAAAGUUACAAGCAGCAAAUCGAGUCAGCGGAAGCAGAAGCUAGUCAAUACCGUUCCAAGUAUAAGAAGCAGCAACACGAGUUGAAUGAAGCUAAGGAAAGAGCAGAGACAGCCGAAUCUCAAGUUAAUAAACUCAAGAUGAAAGCAAAAGAGUUUGGGAAAAAGGUCCAUGAAGAAUGAGCCGUCCUCGUUUAUAAAGGAUAGAGGCUGGAAAGGUACAAGGAGGUACUAUUUUCUGACCAGAAACUUAAGUUGCAUUUGAAGUAUCCACCUUUAGAAUGAUGUACAGUUGCUUUACAAUGUUAUAUUAGUUUCAAGUGUAAUAACAUAUUGCUUCAAUAUUUGUAGAUUAUACUCCAGUUAAAAUGACUAUAAAAUACUGCUUAUAUCCUC